UAUUAUUAAUAAAAAAGGCAGAAAUGGGCUUCCAUAUUUCCUUUUCCCAAAACAUUUGCGCUUUUUAAACGAUACAUUUUGUCAUUUAUCACAACGUUAUCGCUGUCCAAACAAAUAAUGGCGGUCCACUGCGCGUGCGUAGAACCGUGAACCUCCAGCGAGCUAUCUGUGUUUUUAAAAACGUCUACCCCCGGCGCGCGACCGAGCUGUUGCGAGGGGCGAUCGGAUCGGGGCCGCGCGCGCAGGAAGCCCGGUGACCACCACGGAGCCCCGGCACGUCACGGAUCCGCAGCGAGCAGUAAUGAUGCUGAGGUGAAAGGCAGGAGGAGAAAUGGGGGCUCGUCUCUCUCGGACCGUUCUCCCUCUCUUCUCGGCUUCUCCAUCGUCUGUCGCCGACUGAACGCCUCUCUCCAUGGAAGCUUCACGCGCUACGGCAUUCCGGUCGACGUCGUCCGCGGCGCAUCAAACGGAUUUUCUGUAACCACGCCCUGCUCUCUUUGGAUCGAGGAAGGAUUGGCAGCGAAGACUCCAGGGUUCUCCAACAACUUCCAAAUGUCCGGCUAAGCGUGAGGCUGCUGAUCUUCCAGAAGCAGUGAGGACAGCUUCCCCGGCCCGCAGACGGGAUGAGCGGGGGAGCGGAGCAGGCUGACAUCCUCAGUGUUCUCUCCCUAGUGAAGGAACGAUGGAAAGUUGUGAAAAAGAUCGGGGGCGGUGGGUUUGGAGAGAUCUACGAGGCUCUGGACCUGCUGACGCGGGUCAGUGUGGCGCUGAAAGUGGAAUCAGCCCAGCAGCCCAAACAGGUUCUGAAGAUGGAGGUCGCGGUCCUGAAGAAGCUGCAGGGAAAAGACCAUGUGUGUCGCUUUGUGGGAUGUGGCCGCAACGAACGCUUUAACUACGUGGUGAUGGAACUUCAGGGCCGAAACUUGGCGGACCUGAGGAGAAGCAUGCCUCGAGGAACAUUCAGCAUUAAUACCACCCUGCGUCUGGGGCGCCAGAUCCUGGAAGCCAUAGAGAGCAUCCACUCUGUGGGCUUCCUGCAUCGAGACAUCAAACCGUCGAAUUUUGCCAUGGGCCGCUUCCCGAGCACUUGUCGGACCUGCUACAUGCUGGACUUCGGUUUAGCUCGUCAGUUCACCAACUCCUGUCAGGAAGUUCGACCUCCGCGUCCAGUUGCAGGGUUCAGGGGAACGGUUCGAUACGCAUCAGUCAACGCUCACAAGAAUAAGGAGAUGGGUCGUCAUGAUGACCUGUGGUCUCUUUUCUACAUGCUGGUGGAGUUUCUGGUCGGUCAGCUGCCAUGGAGGAAAAUCAAAGACAAAGAACACGUGGGGAAGCUGAAGGAGACGUACGACCACCGUCUGAUGCUCAAACACCUGCCGGCAGAGUUCGCUGUGUUCUUGGAGCACAUUUCCAGCCUCGACUACUACACCAAGCCUGACUACCAGCUGCUGAUGUCAGUGUUUGACAACAGCAUGAAAACCUACAACGUUGUUGAGAAUGACCCGUAUGACUGGGAGAGAACCAGCACAGAUUGCUCCUCGACUAUCAGCGCCAGUGCCACGACACCACAGCAUCACACUCGCCUCACUCCUGCACACAUGGGCAUGGCGAACGCCUCUUUGAUCCCGGGUGACCUGCUGAAGGAGAACACAGACGAAGUUCUGCAGGAUGAGCAGCUGAGUGACGUGGAGAACAAUCCUGUUCCUGAACGUGUGCCAGGUUCCCCAGUCCAUCCACAACGCAACCAGGAGGCCGACGUCUGGGAGGAGCUGGACCGCAACCGUAAUCGCAUCAGGACGGCAGCCUGGAAGACGGCAGCAGAGGAGGAUCAAUGUAACAACCAGGGCAAUCAUGGACACCAGAGUCCCUACGCAGGACCGAGUCUGGGCUCUCCUGUCAAAGUACACUCAGAGGUGGCCCCUGCAGAUCGUGAUGGACCCCUCUUGAGAAAACUUCGGAACAUCCACAGCUUAGAGCUGGAGAGGAGGCUGGGCCUGGACUCCAAGCUCGGCCAAGAGCGGUUCCUGGAAGCGUGUUCAGGAAAGCAGCAGUUCAGCCCCCAGCAUCAGGAGAAGAACGCUACUGGAACCCAGGGUCCUGCUGUGGCUGCUGGUGAGCGUUCUGACAGGGUCUGGCACUACGAUGAGGAGUUCCGGUCCGGAGAUGGUUCUCCUAAGCCUGCAUCACCUGGAUCUUUUGAGCAGGGAGAGGGGGCAGCUAGUAGUGGGGGCUUUGUGGCUCUAAACUUAAGCUCUGGGAGGCAGGACAUUGACUCAAAGGAGUGGGUAAUGGUGGAGCGGCCCAGUGGCUCCCCCGGGGCUAAAGCUACAACCAGCCCUUCGGAGGACGAUGAAGAGCCCGAAGUGCUCCAGCCAGAGGAAGAGUCUCCUGGAUGGGGUAAGGGUAGUCCGUGCCCGAGUCCUGGAAAAGCCAAGCAAGAAAGCAUGGCUUCCUCUAAAGGAAGUGCGAAAAUGGACAAACUAGAGCUUAGUGUGGGCCCUGCAGGGGCUGUGCCCCCAAUAACUCCAACCAGCCCAGCUGAAGCUCUGGCUGAGGGAAUCCUCACUCAGUUUCCCACCUCUCCUCCAUCCCUGCCCGAGGAGAUUGUGGUCCGGACAUCCAGCCCCAUCCCUCUGCGCUCUCCCAGUCCUCACACCCUCCUGAUCACCCUGUCGGACCCACUGCACCAGCGCCAGCCGGCAGGCAUCAGGCGCAGCCAGUCGGCUGACCAGCCUCAGCAGCAGGAGCGCCCGUCCUCCUCCUCCUCUUGCCACGCCUCCCUCCCUCUGCCACCUAACCCCUCCCCAGGCACUCGCUCGCCCAGCCGCAGGAAACUGCCGGCCAUCCCUGCUGGUGCUGCUAACACCAAGUUUCCCUCUGUCAUUCGCAUCACCCGUGCCCAGCUUCAGCAGCUGACAGCCCAGCGUCCCUCUGGGCUUUCCUCUCAGUCAGGAUCCGACAGCGCUCCGCAGUGCCUCGCGCUGGAGAGGCGUGGUGAAGUUGAGGCCAAGGCUCAGCAGAUCAAAGAGCACACAGCAGACAUCAGCUCCCCUCAGGACCACGUUCCCAUCCACCCGGGACUGCCACCUGACCCCCCGGCUGAAACGCUGCUCAAUGGAGACGGCCACACCAAAGCUCAAAGCCCCGCACUGAGCCGUGCGUCCUCACCACGCUCCCCCCGUUCGACACAUUCGCCUCCUCCGUGCUCGCCGCCCUCCCCUCGCUGCUCUGCGCUCGCCAACGGUUGUCUCUGCUCUCCUGUCAACGACCAAACCACCGUAGUCCCCCCAAAGCCAAAAGACCCUAACAGUGAUUCCCGCUCUACUCCAUGUGCCACCGAGGUUCAGACAAAGGAGGAAAAGGGUGGGGAUGUGCAAAUGGCCCCACUGCAGACUGAUGGUCCAGCAUCCACCCCUGCUGCCCCCCGCAAGGACCCUAGCCGGAAGCAAAGCCGCAUCCCUGUGCUGGAACCCUCCUGUCUGCUGGAGCUCGCUCCUCCAGGCUCUGCUAAGCAGAAGCUGUUGCAGAAGAAAGCAAGCCACCAGGGCUCUGUCCCCUCACCCACAGCCUCUCCCUCCUUAUCUGAUAGGCGUGGCCCCAUCAUGGCCUCCCUCGUUAGGGACCCGUUGUCCUCAAAUUCAGACCGCUCACAGGAUGAGGACUCCCUUAUGGGCUCCCGAUCGGACCGCCAGGGAGAUGAGGCUCUGUCUCUCUCCUCCUCCUCCAGCCCUCUGUCUCGCAAAAGCAGGAUACCUCGUCCCGUUCACCCUGCUUCGUCUGCAGAGCAGCUGAACGCCCAGUUCCUGCCACGCCCACCCCCUGGAAAGCCACCAUGUCGUCCCACAGCAGAGGGCAGACUCAGGCGUUACCGCAUCCGAACUGGCAGCACCAGUGACUCAGACCUCCUUUCAUGCCUUGCCCAGUUGAUGCAUGGCUCCCGUGGCUCCCCCCUCCACCACCAGUCCUCAGCUCAGCACAGGGGCUCCAAGCUGGGCGCCUGCAGCCUGACGAGCUCGCCGCACCACCACCACCACCGCAGCUCCGGUGCUUUCCCACGCAGUUCCCCCUCCCUGCAGCGCUCCGUCAGCUCCUCGCCCUCCCGCCACGAGCAACGAGGCGGCGGCGGCGGUGGCGUGGGAGGGAUCUGCGUGGGCCGCAGUCACUCGCCUCCCAGCUUUUCCGGCUCGCCGCCUCCUCGCCGAUUCUACCUCCACCACCAGGAGACGUGCUGCAGCCGCCAGGCGAGAACAGGCCCCUUCCACCUGUCCAGGGGGAAGGGCUGCAGCCGGGAGGCCAAGUGCUCCAGCAAGCUGAGCAGAUAGCUGCGCCAGAGGUUGGGCUGCCACAGCAGAGGAAGUAUCCAGAAAUCAUAGUAUUAAAAACAGUGAGGAUAAAAGCCUGAGUCUUCCUUGUAAAUCUGAGAAAUAAUUAGUUUCAUUUCUGUGUUGUUAGCCGGAGAUGUACACUUCUUCUCAGUGUUCUCUUCUGUUUGCAUUUGCACACUAGCUUUGUCCCGUUAUGCUAGAGUUUCAGUUUUGGACUAAGAAAAUAGUUGAAAAAUGUUUUAUGGCAGAAGCUGAGCCUUUAACCCACUGAGCUACAAAAAACAUGCAGGUUCCACCCAUUUUCAAAUAUAACCCCAAUUCCAAAAAAGCUGGGACAUUUCGUAAAAUGUUCACAAAGUGUGCAAUGAUUUGCAAACAUCAUACGUACAGUAAACAUACAAGACUGUUUGAUGACAGCAACACAUCUCUAAACAGUUGGGACCAGACAAUGUUUCCUGAUGUUCUUAUUAUUCAACAGUUCUGGGCUUUUAUGCAUUUUUAUGCCUCCUGAGGAAGUAUACUGUUCUUUGAUUAGUCUUGUGCGCACCGUUUGGUCUUGGCCCAACGGAUGUCUGAAAACAUUUUGGGGUCAAAG